AGUUCCUUAAAUGUUUGAUGCAGUAUGGAUAAAGAGGAGGGUAAAGCAUACGGGGAUUAUAAGUUGGAGCAGCUGAUAGGGAGGGGGACCUAUGGAUACGUGUAUAAAGCCAGAAAGAUUUUGAAAGAGGGCACCUCGACCACCACAAUGCUCUCGGAUGAGACUUUCGCUGUAAAGCUGAUUCACAUCAAAGGCUCUAGUGAUACAAGUAGACACUGGGAACUAGUAGAAAGGGAGGUAGAGGUUUUACAAAAGGCCGAGGAAAAGAAACACCCCAAUAUCGUAUCCUUCAAGGAUUACUUCAAACAAAACAGAAUCCCCUGUGUUGUAAUGGAAUAUUGUGGUGGUGGGACCUUGUAUCAGAAAAUAAGGGACCUAAAGAAGAAAGAAAAAGUAAUCACGGAGGACGAAUUUAUAUCUAUACUGCAACAGAUAGCCUUAGGUGUAGAGGUUCUUCACGACCUAAAUAUUAUACAUCGUGAUUUGAAAACAAAAAACAUCAUGUUGACUGAAGACGGCACUUGUAAAAUAGCAGAUUUUGGAGUUGCCAAAAUGAUUGAAAUCGCGGGGAUUAACACAAAAGGAAUUGGAACACCGUACUACAUGUGUCCUGAAAUAAUACAAGGAAAGUCGUAUGAUCAAAAGGCAGAUAUAUGGAGUCUGGGAUGUACUUGCUAUGAAAUUGCCACAGGUUCAUACGCCUUUGAUGGGAAAUCUGUCCAAGAGAUCAACGCCGUGGUAAAGUCUGGAAAGAUACCAGAAACAACGAAAAUCCAGUACAGUGACGAAAUAAAGAACCUUAUUGUACAGAUGCUGAGUCAUGACAGUGCAGCUCGUCCUACUAUCAAAAGUAUUCUCCACUUUAUAAAAGACUACAAAGAGAAAGGGACAAAGCCUAAGAAAAAGAAAAACAAGAAGUCAAAGCGCCAAACAGAAGAAACAGACCAUUUGCCAUUAAAAGACUCAGGUGUAGAGGUGUCCAGUUCACUAGCAUCCCGUCUCGAUCCAAGAAAGGCCUCUGAAAGUAAGGAGUUUCUCGAAAAAGAAUCUGCUAAAUUACAGGCGACUCUAGUGAUGGAAAUCAGAAGUCACAAAGCUGCUGAUAUUGUUUCCUACAUUAAGAGUCUACAGAAAAAAGAAACACCGGAGAAAGAUUUCAGGGAAAAAGUCAUGAAACACAUGGACAAAGACCUGUUUUAUAAACUGUAUCCUCUGAUGCAAGCUAUGAAGUGUAUUGAGGACGGGCGUAGGGAUCUACAAGAAUUUAGAUCAUCAGGGGAAUAUUCAAGGGGUACCACAAUACCGAUCUCUACAGAGGAUUUAUCCGACUAA